GCUUUGGUUCUGCCCUCGGUCCACCUUAAAGUUUUAGUUCUGGUCGGUUCUGUUUGGUGUUUCCUGCUGGUUUCUGGUUCUGAUUCUUCAUCUAACCUCCUGGACCAGCUGACCGGUCCUUGGUUCUGAGCUGCCAGUGAUGGUUUCCAUGGUUACCGACCUUGUGUGUCCUUUCUGUAGUGACUGUUGGCCUCAGCUGCUGACAGGCAGUGUGCAGCAGUCCAGGUGUUGGUGGUGGUUCUGAUGGGUGUGUCUGUGCUCCAGGUGUUCGUGUGUCUGUGGAAGAGCUGUAAGGUCUACAACACGCCGUCCACCAGCCACAGCUGGCUGCAGAGACACAUGCUGUCCCACAGCGGGGACAAGCCCUUCAAGUGUGUGCUCGGGGGCUGCAACGCCACCUUUGCAUCCCAGGGAGGGCUAGUGCGCCAUGUUCCCACCCACUUCAGCUCCCAGGGUUCCUCCAAGGCGUCCGGUCAGGGCAGAGUGAAGGAGGAGUCUCCGUCCAAGGCUGGGAUGAAGAGGAGGAAGAUGAGGAGCAAAUACCGCCGCUCACUGCCUCGACCUCAUGACUUCUUCGAUGCUCAGACCAUGGAGGCCAUCCGCCACCGCGCCAUCUGCCUGAACCUGGCCACCCACAUUGAGAGCCAGGGGAACGGACACAGCGUGGUUUUCCACAGCACUCAUCCACCCCCCACACCCCCACCCCCAUCCCCAACACAAGAAAACCAAAUAAAUAAAAUAUAA